GGCUAAGCUAGUCAGCUGCAAGACUAGCUUAGCUAAAGAGACACAGCAACAGUCUGCAUGCUGCCGUGCACAUGACAACAACGCAUGCACACAUAGGUUAAAGGCACGCAUUUACUCUGCUUUCUGUUUCAGAAGUUUAACUGAAUUAACACACACACACACACACACACACACACACACACACACACAGUUACACCUCUGUCCACCCUCCUCUCUUGCAGUGGUAAUGGACUUGCUCCACAGCUCCGGUGUCAGCAGUACAUACUACCUGCAGACCCACUUCAGCCACAGCCAGGGCUACUUCCUGUCAGUCUCCAUGGCAACUGACCUGCGCAACACCUUCUUCCUGUUGUUCCCCAUAUGGUUCCAUGUACAGCAAACUGAAGCCAUCAAACUGGUUUGGGUGGCGGUAGUGGGAGACUGGGUCAACCUGAUGCUGAAAUGGCUUCUGUUCGGAGAGCGUCCCUAUUGGUGGGUUCAGGAGACAGGUUACUAUGGCAACUCCUCUCACCCAAUGAUAGAGCAAUUCCCCAUGACCUGUGAGACCGGACCAGGAAGUCCGUCGGGUCAUGCCAUGGGGGCUGCAGCGGUGUACUACACCAUGAUGUCAUCACUCCUCGCCACAUUGCUGAAGAAAGAAGGACAUCAGAUCAGGAAAUGGUGUGUGCGUGUCUCACUGUGGACGCUGUUCUGGUGUGUGCAGGUGUGUGUGUGCCUCUCCAGGGUCUUUGUCGCUGCACAUUUCCCCCAUCAGGUCAUCACAGGAGUCGUCAUAGGUAUCCUGGUGGCAGAAUCUCUCAGCCGGACCAAGCAGAUCUACGAGGCUGGCCUGUGUUCCUACCUAGUCACCUCUCUGCUCCUCCUCUCCCUGGCUCUCCUUCUGUACCUGUGCCUCCAGCUGGUAGGUGUGGAUCUCCUCUGGAGCGUGGAGAAAGCGCUGUGCUGGUGUCACCAAGCACAGUGGGUCAGCGUGGACACGACCCCCUUGGCCAGCUUGUUCAGGAACACCGGGACUCUGUUGGGCCUGGGCCUGGGCCUCCACUCUCCUCUGCAUACACACACCAAUAGAGUAGUGUUCGCCAGGGGGCCUGAGGGCACCAUCUACAGGUCGAUCUGUUUAAGUGCAACACUUGUGCUGCUGCAGUUAUUUGACUCUGCCUUUAGGCCGCCUGUUCACAGCGGAGCUUUAUUCUACCUGCUGUCGUUCUGUAAAAGUGCCACGGUGCCUCUAGCGACUGUGGCUAUCGUCCCCUACUGUGUCACUACAGCACUGGGGUACAAGGGGGAGAAGCUGAUAUGAGGCAGGUGGCCUGACAUCAUAUGUACUGUGGGUUGGGUGAACGUCUGUCUAUCAGGUCGUAUAUUGCUGAAACUGUGGGUUUAGUAUGUGGCCCAAAGUAUAUGGACACUUACUUUAAUGUCCUUUUGGUCUCAAUCUGCUUGUCCUGGUUUUGGCCCCAUUGUUCCAAUAAUGCCCCCAUGCACAAACCAGCUCAGUAAGGAAGUGACCUCAACCCCAUCCAGCACCUUUGGAAUGAAGUGGAACACGAACUAUUAGACUGGCGUUUAAUGUAAACAUGAGUCAGCAUCAGUAUGGAGCUCAGUGUGAGGUAUUUAAAGCUGCAGUAGGUAACGUUUUUAAAAAUAACUUUUUGUCAUAUGUGCUGAAAUGUUCACUAUAUCCUGACAGUAGCACACAAGACUGAUAAUCUGUGAAAAAAUCAGGUUCCUCUGGUUCCUCCUAGUGCUCCUAAUGGCAUUUAUAAGAAUCCACCAUCCAUAAUCCAUUGUCUCCAUUAAAAUAACCAAUCUGACAAAAAAAACAAUUAGAGAAAGAUAUCUGACUGUAGAGUCUCAUUCCCACUUUGUCAAAUACCAAAGCUUUGGGAGACUCAGCCAUCAACUGUCUUCAAGCCACCAACCCAAAGUGUCAGUAUUUGACGACCGGGGAAUGAGACUCAAUCAACUUUCUACAUUUUCAUUCAGGCCCGGUGGAUUCUUACAAAUUGCAUUAGGAGCACUAGGAGGAACCAGAGGAACCUGUUUUUUUUCACAGAUUUGCUGUCUCGUGACGAAAAGUUACUUUUGUAAAAGUUACCUACUGCAGCUUUAAUUAAGGUCCUGUAAAUAUAUUUCCUCAAGCGGCAUCUUACCAUGAAUGAU